AGUCUCGGGCUGUUGGAUCAGCACAGAGGAGUGCAUGUUCUUAUUUCUGCUCAACUUUAACUGACAGCAAAGCCUCGGUAGCUUAACUGGCAGCUUUUACGCCAACGCGAAGAAGCGCGAGAGCUGAAAGCUUGGUGUCGCGGUGUGAGAGCUGAAUGCGUCCCGAUUUUCUGCGAGUGCCGCUGAACUCCGAACAGGUGUUGGGAGGCGCGCCGCCCGGAGAGCGAACAUGUCCAAUGGGAGAGAGACAAACGCCGCGGAAAAGUCCUCUGAGAUGACCCUGAAAGAGUGUUUGGAUGACUGCAUGGAGGCGUUGGAUCUCUUCCUUAACAACCACUUCAACGAGAGCCUGGAGAAGCUGCGACCGAGAGUGAAUGAGAGCAUGUACCAUGCUCUUAUCUACGCCACAGUGUUGGAAAUGCAGGCAAUGAUGACUUUCCAGCAGGAUGACAUCACCAAUGCAGGAAAUACCAUGAAGAGUGCCCAGGAGGUCUGUCAGAGGUUUCGGCGGAAGUCUUCCAGCCUUUCCAACAAAUCAGCAGGGGGGUCACUUUCUGAAGUGCAGCUCCAUGCAGAAGUCUGUUAUGCAGAGUGUCAACUCCAAAGAGCUGCCCUCACCUUCCUGCAGGAUGAGAACAUGGUGAGUUUUAUCAAAGGAGGAAUCAAAGUACGAAACAGUUACCUUAUUUACAAAGAGCUGCAUUCCUUCAUAAAAUCGCACCACUGUCUCAAAGAACCCAGCCACGUUCACUUAGAGGGAGGAAUAGCAUUCGGGAUUGGGGCGUUUAACCUGACUCUCUCUCUCUUCCCUCCGCGGAUACUCAAAGUUUUGGAGUUUGCAGGCUUCUCUGGAGACAAGGAAUACGGCUUGUCUCUUUUGAACGACGGUGCGACGGGGAUGAACUUGCGCUCUAUGCUGUGUGCUCUGCUGCUGCUCUGCUACUACACCUUCCUCACAUUCAUACUAGGGACAGGCGAGGGAGAGGUGGUGGAAGCUGAGAGAUUGCUGAAACCUUUCCGUCUGCGCUACCCACGGGGGGCCAUAUUCCUCUUCUUUGCUGGUCGAACUGAGGAAAUCAAAGGGAACAUUGAUGAGGCAGUGAAAUUCUUUGAAGACGGCUGUAAGGCCCAGCAGACAUGGAAGGCCCAGCAGACAUGGAAGCAGUUUCACCACAUGUGCUACUGGGAGCUGAUGUGGUGCUUCACGUACAAGCGUGCGUGGAAGAUGGCGUACUUCUACGCCGACCUGCUGAGCAAGGAGAGUCGUUGGUCCAAGGCCAUGUAUGUGUACAUGAAAGCUGCUUACCUCAGUAUGCUGCCUAAAGAUGAGGCCAGGCCUUUUGGGGAGGACGAGGUAGAACUCUUUAGACAAGUGCCCACCUUGAAGCAGAAGAUAGCGGGGAAGUCUCCUCCAACGGAGAAGUUUGCAAUUCGUAAAGCCAGACGCUACAAGGCUGCCCUCCCAGUCAGGUUACCUGUACCAGUGCUGGAAAUGAUGUACAUGUGGAAUGGAUUCAGUAUGAUCAACAAGAGACCAGAGCUAACUGAAGGCAUGAUGCAGACGUUGGUGGAGGCAGAGCGCUCUCUACUGGAAGCUCCUGGUAUUGAUCAUGUCUUAAAUGAACGUCCGUGUUGAAUGAAUAUUUAACUCGCUUCUUAUUGCAGUGAAAAGAAGAUCAGGUUUGACCACUACUUGGUGCCCAACUGUCUCGUGGAGCUCAGUCUGCUUUACAUAGACCAAGGCAGAAGGGACGAAGCUAUUAAAAUACUGCACAAGGCCAAGCACAACUACAAAGACUACUCCAUGGAGUCUCGCACACAGUUCAGGGUGCACGCUGCUCUUGCCAAACUCAAGGCUGAUCCCGGUGAGGAUGAUGACACCCACCUCUAAGACUGCUCGGGCUCCUUCCGCUGGAGUCUCCGAUUCCCCUCACAGUUACAGCUCCUUCAGUUUUUGACCAAAGUGCCUUUUUCAACAAGUGUACGCUGGGUAUGGUAUUGCUGUGGUCAGGUUUACCUUUGUGUGGUCAUAUGCACUCCACAAUUUAAGCUGGACAAAGGUCUGUAGAAUAUUUGAGGCACAGCUGAGGGACCUUUAAUUUCACCACCUUCCACAGGUUAACACACUCAUAGGCCAUGGUUUUAUUGUUUACACUGAUAAACACCAAAUCUUAAGCAAUUGGAAGCCACGAGAAAUAUUUAAUAGAAUUAAAACCUAAUGAAAUGCAAUGAAUUUAUUUUACUGUUCUAAAAGAGCUCUGUGUAACAUGCAGUAGUCACUCCUGUGACGUCUAAGUACUACGAACCCUAACACAUUAAAAUCUGAUAUUUGGCUUCUGAAAGUAAUGUUUCUCCCAAAUGUGGACUUUUUUUAUUCUGCAUUCCUACAGACACACAAACUUUAAUUUACCCUCAAAGUUUUUAUUUUUUCCCCACCAGUGAGUUUGGGUUGGUUACUUCAUCGUCACCGAUGAGAACUUGGACCUCACAGGGUUAGACGCUGCUACUGCCACAGGUUUGGUAGUGUAUGAGGUGUUGAGAUGGCUAGAGCAUUUCAUGUUUCAACAUAUUUUAGACAAAGAUAACGAGCAUGAAGGAGGACUGGCUCGUGUACGGGUGCAGCAUAAGAGCACGGCAGAGCCGGUGAGGCUAAACUACGGCGUACUGCUGUCCACACUCAGCGCGUCGGUGUGCUCGAAUGAAUUGAGAGUGUAAAAAUUAUUUUUGUAUAAAUAAAUUGUUCUUAUGUUCUGCAAUCAUGAAAAUUGCUGAA